AGAUGUCAGAAUGCAUCGCUCAGAUUCCUAUAAAAGCCCAGGCCAGAUGCAUUUUUCAAGUUAUUCCCACAAAGAUCAUGGAUCGAAGUGUGACUGCAAUUUGUUUGGUGCUGCUGCAGCUGCUGGGCAGUGGAUUGGGCUUCCAGGAGAAGGCUCCGGUGCAGACCAGCCUGGUGACCGGACAGGCCAGGACUGACAAGCAGCAACAGGUGUUGGAUGAUCCGCUGGGAUCGGGACGCGGCAUCGACGAACAUUUGCUGAAGACCAUUGGUAAGGGCGGCAUCAAGCUGGUGAUGGCCUCCGGCGCUCCGACGACCACCCCGAAACCAUCAGUACAACAUCAUUACUAUUAUCCACCAGAGGACCAGCAGCAUCCGCGUCAGUACGGCUACGGUCCCUUCUAUCCGCCGCCACCUCCGCCUCCGCAGCGUCCUUGGGGACCCCAACCUCCACCACCACCACCACCGCCAGGACCUCCGGGACCGCCACUGCCAUACUACAAUCCCUACUACAAUGGCGGCUAUGGCGGCUACUAUGGCGGUUAUGGAUAUGGGGGCUAUGGCUAUCCAGGCUAUGGCGGAUAUUCCUAUCCCUACUAUCCUUUCUAUCGCAACUCGGCUAGUGGAACGGAAGUAGAUAACCAGCUGCCAGGAGCCGAUGGUCUGACUCCCCUUCCCGUGCCCGGUGUCUUCCAAGGUCGUACCGUGCUCUCCGAUGGUCUGACUCCUCUUCCCGUUCCCGGUGUCUUCCAAGGACGCGCCGUGCUCCCCCAGAACUUUCUCGAGGGCAGAAACAAUGCCAAUAUUGUGCCACUCUUUCACCUACUCCAAAUGGCCAGGUCUUAAAAUUUCAUCAAAAGCAGAAACCUAAUAAAAAACCAUCCGAAAUCCAUUAAAAAA